CUCUCUCUCUCUCUCUUUCAGGUGGCCAACCUUGCAUGUUCCAUCUCCAACAACGAGGAGGGUGUGAAGUUAGUGCGCAUGGCAGCUACACAGAUCGAUAGCCUGUGUCCUCAGGUAAUCAAUGCAGCCCUGACCUUGGCCGCACGCCCUCAAAGCAAGGUGGCUCAGGACAACAUGGAUGUUUUCAAGGACCAGUGGGAGAAGCAAGUACGCAUCCUGACUGAGGCCGUAGAUGACAUCACUUCCGUUGAUGACUUCCUGUCUGUUUCAGAGAACCACAUUCUGGAGGAUGUGAAUAAGUGUGUGAUCGCCCUGCAGGAGGGGGACGUGGACACACUGGACAGGACAGCAGGGGCGAUCCGGGGCCGAGCCGCUCGUGUGGUGCACAUUAUUAAUGCUGAGAUGGAGAACUAUGAACCUGGCGUUUACACUGAGCGUGUUCUCGAGUCCAUCAAGCUCCUCUCUGAAACUGUGAUGCCGCGCUUUGCAGAGCAGGUUGAGGUCGCCAUCGAGGCUCUUAGCACCAGCCCCCCGCAGCCAUUCGAGGAGAACGAGUUCAUCGACGCCUCUCGCCUCGUCUACGAUGGUGUGCGUGACAUCAGGAAAGCAGUCCUCAUGAUAAGAACUCCAGAAGAGCUUGAAGAUGACUCAGACUUUGAGCAAGAAGACUAUGACGCCCGUAGCCGCACCAGCGUCCAGACAGAAGAUGACCAACUUAUUGCUGGACAGAGCGCAAGGGCCAUCAUGGCUCAGCUGCCUCAGGAAGAGAAGGCCAAGAUUGCUGAACAGGUGGAGAGCUUCAGGCAGGAAAAGAGCAAACUGGACGCAGAGGUCGCCAAGUGGGACGACAAUGGAAAUGACAUCAUCGUGCUGGCCAAGCAGAUGUGUAUGAUCAUGAUGGAGAUGACUGACUUCACCAGGGGCAAAGGGCCUCUGAAGAAUUCUUCUGACGUGAUCAAUGCCGCAAAGAAAAUCGCAGAGGCCGGAUCCAGAAUGGACAAGCUUGCCCGUGCCGUGGCUGACCAGUGUCCGGACUCAGCCUGUAAGCAGGACUUAUUGGCGUACCUCCAGAGAAUCGCCCUCUACUGCCACCAGCUCAACAUCUGCAGCAAGGUCAAGGCUGAGGUUCAGAACCUGGGAGGAGAACUCAUUGUUUCAGGGCUGGACAGUGCUACAUCCCUCAUCCAGGCAGCCAAGAACUUGAUGAAUGCCGUGGUCCUCACGGUCAAGGCUUCCUACGUAGCUUCCACCAAGUACCAGAAGGUGUACGGCACGGCAGCAGUCAAUUCCCCAGUGGUUUCUUGGCGUAUGAAGGCCCCGGAGAAGAAACCCCUGGUGAAGAGAGAGAAACCGGAGGAGUGCCAGACCCGCGUCAGGCGAGGCUCGCAGAAGAAACACAUCUCCCCCGUCCAAGCCCUCAGCGAAUUCAAGGCCAUGGACUCCUUUUAACUCUGCACCACAGAUGCCCAAAACUCCUCCUCCUCUUCCUCUCUUGAUUUCUUCUCCUCUCCUUGUUACGGCUUAUUUUCUUGGAGCUGUAUCUUGUUCCAUGCAGCGACGUGUGUGUAUGUGCCCAGUAAAUGUCUGUGAGUUGGAGGGUUUGGCUACCCAUCCUCUUCGAACCAAAUUCCGCUGUAAAUGAGAAACAAACAAACUCAUGAAGCAGACGUUUACAGUGUGGGCUGCGGUACAAUUCAUGUGAUGUUCAUUCUCGCUGACUGGCCAUAUAUACACAGAGAUAUUAAAGAAUAUAAUCUAUGGUAUAGUAGUGUCAGCCCUAACCGAGGCAGAGGUGCUGCUUUCCUUCCUAAUAAUUUUUUUAUUAUUAUUAUUAUUAUUAUUAUUUAAAAUUAAUAUGACCCAUAGUAAUAGGAAUAACUUAUGUUGAGGCAUUUUCUUUCUUCUUCCCAGUUAUCCAUAUCGUGACCUGAUACACUAGUUUUUGCAUUUAAAAAUCCAUUUCUUUAAUUAUAUUACUGUAUCACUAACCAUGGCAGCCAGGUUUGCUAUAGUAUUACAUUUAGAAAAGGACUAGUUGUGUGGUUUGCUCAGAGACUAGUAGAAUCCUGCAUACCUUUAUAGUCCCGAUUCUCUAAUAAACCUUGCAACUGUG